GGAGCCGGUCGGACAGGUGAUCCUCCAGGUAUAAACGGAGUCCCACAGUCAGACAGACAGUCAGACGGAAAGGAAACAUGAUUCAUCUGCUGCUGCUGGUGGGAUUCCUGCUGGGAGGAUAUCUGCUCCUCAUCAACACUCUGUUCAGGAGGUCCAGAUGUAAAGGAAACGCUGGGAUGGCCGGGAAGACGGUCAUCAUCACAGGAGGAAACACUGGGAUUGGUAAAGCUACAGCUCUACAUCUGGCCAGGAAAGGAGGACGAGUGAUUCUGGCCUGUAGGAACCGAGACAAAGCUGCAGCCGCCAUCACUCAGAUACAACAGGAAACGGGAAACUCCGACGUUCUCUACAUGAAUCUGGAUUUAUCCAGUUUAAAGUCGGUCCGAAGCUUCACUGAAACUUUCCUCAAAACUGAGUCCAGACUGGACCUUCUGAUCAACAACGCUGGUCUGGUGGCCGACGGUCGGACCGAGGACGGCUUCGGCGUGGAGUUUGGAGUGAACCAUCUGGGCCACUUCCUGCUGACGGUGCUGCUGCUGCCCAGGAUGAAGGAGACUGGAGGAGGCCGGGUGGUGACGCUGAGCUCCAUGGCUCACCGCUGGGGCCACGUCGACUUCGAGACUCUGGCGGUGAGCCGACACCUGGGCACCGGCAGCUACAGCUGGCAGUUCUUCCAGGCCUACUGCAACAGCAAACUCUGCAACGUCCUCUUCACACACGAACUGGCCAAGAGGCUGCAGGGGAGCAGCGUCACGUGCUACAGCGUCCACCCAGGAAUCGUUCGGACUGAGCUGUCCCGUCACGUCAGCCUGUGGCAGAAGGUUUUCAUCGAGCCGGUGGCCCGGCUGCUGUUCUUAGACCCGGAGGCCGGAGCUCAGACCACGCUGCACUGCGCCCUGCAGGAGGGAAUCGAACCUCUGAGCGGACGAUACUUCUCCUGCUGCGAGGUGCAGGAAGUGUCGGACCGGGCCAAAGACGACGCCUUGGCCCGGAAACUGUGGGAGGUGAGCGAGAGUCUGUGUGGACUGUCCUCCUAAGGUCACUGUGAUACAAACCCACGGACUGUGAUGCAAUUUCCACACACACACACACACACACACACACACACACACACACACACACACACACACACACACACACACACACACACACACACACAAAGCCAGGUGUUUUCAGGUGUUGUUCUGCUGCCAUCUAGUGGCUGAAAUCUGAAACAACAAUUAUAUUAAAACUUCAUCAGUGUCCUUUAAACUCACUGAUUUUCUCAACUGAGCUAUAUUUUGCGUUAUUUUAUUUUUUUAAAUGAAAUAACUCUUUGAAUUCAGUAAAAAAAAAAGUGUCAUUUUUAUGUAAAAAUGGGAAAAACACAAAGUUGGAAGAUUAAGAAAUAUUCAACGUAACGUUUUUGUAGUUUAGUGUUUGUUUGUUUUGUGUCUUGUGAUGGUUUUUUGUAUCUUUGUAGUUGUGCAUGUCUUUGAAGUAAUUUGUGCGUCUUUGUGGUAGUUUUUGUCUCUUUUAAUUACUUUUACGUAUCUUUGUAGUUGAGUUUGCAUUUCUUUCUGGUCAUUUUUGUCCCUUUCAAGCAGUUUCACGUAUCUUUGUAGUUGUUUUGCAUCUCUUUAAAGUAAUUUUCUGUGUCUUUUAGUUCAUGUUUUUAUUUCUGUAUUCAAAACACAACUCUGAGCUUCAUGUAAUCCUAGAAAAUUAAAUGGGUUUAACAUUUACAAACAUUUGAACUAAAGUGCAGUAUUCGAGUAAAUGUACUUAGUAGAUUUCAGUUUGUGUUUUUUUGUAUAUAUUUUAUUUUUGGAUAAUUGCUGCUUAUGUGUUGCUUCUUCUGCAGAUUAUUUUGAAAAAUCUGUUUAAUAUUUUAUUUGUUUAUUCAUGUUUUAUAUUGUAUGUAUAAUUUUGCAGACUAGUUAGGCUGCAACUCACUGAAUAAAAAAUACA